AUGGCUGAUGAACUUCUACUUCAUACCGAGAAGAAAGAAGAUCAAAAUGAGCAGUCUAUACGCAGUGACAAAAUUGCACAAAAUGAACAACAUGGUCGAAACGUUGAAGCUAAUAAAAAUUACAGAAAGAUUAAAAAUCAGAACGAAGGAGAAGACACGACGCCAUUAGUUGAAAGUACCAUUUAUGUCGACAAUUAUUCGGAACACGAAUAUGCACCGAAAUAUGAAAAAGGCUGGGGAGAAGACGAGAAGUCAAUCUCUAGUGGCACCAUAGAUUGGGAAAAAGAAGCAAAGGAGACGGUACGGCUUGAUACGAGUUCAUUAAGAGAAAGGCGAAGGACGAUUUUCGAACUAGAUUCUUAUUCCUCUUCUGGCCUAUCAGCGAAUGAUAUUUUACGACUUACUUCGCAAGAUUAUGUACCCGAUACACGAAAAGAAAUUCGUUACACCGUUUCAUUGGGUGCCCCAGGCAUAGCAAGAAUUAAUUUAUCGCCUCUGACUCAAAAGGUAGUUGGCUGUGUUAUAGGAGAAAAUGUUAGCACUGAAUAUCCGUGGGUGUAUAUCAGAAAAGAGAUUAUCGAAGACAAUAUAGAUCUCCACGAAGAGAGUAGUGAUUUCUUGCCCAUAAAAGAGGAGAUCCGCAAGUUUCCAAACUCGAAAAUACUGAUCGGUUACGUUCCCUCGUUAACUGAGGAAGGUCAGUUCUACAUAUGCUUGAGUGAAGAAGGUCGGGACGCGGUAGUCGAGUAUAUCCAGAAGCAAAGGGAGGAACAUGAAAAUCGAGUGAGAACUGCCGUCUAUAAGCCAUUAGGGACAUGGCAAGAUCUCAAUAGUAGCGCGGAGAUCGAAACGACAAUCGUUAAGAACACCAGACCACUUUUAGAGAUCGAGGUAAAAAGUACAGCUGAUGUACUAAAUGUACCAGUCCAUUUGGAGAACAGAGAAGUAAAAGAUGCUAGAGAUGGAUACAUCGAGCUUCUUCCUGAUCGUCAAACCUUUGAAAAUAUUACACAUAAACUGUUAUGUUGCAUGACUCAAGUUACCCCAUUUGUUCGAGACGUGGAAACUCAAACGGAACUUUUGAUACCAACAAACUGUUGGGUUCAAUACGAAUAUACGUAUCCAUCUUCGUUCUUAGCAAGUUUCACGUCGGAGAAAUUGGAAUCUUUAAAGAUUUUCCUUAGGCAUUUUACGGACUACAUGUGCGAUCAAUUGUUGUUAAACGCUACCUGGGAUAUUUAUACCAACGAUUAUGGCAAUUUAGUAAGGAAUAUAAGAGACACUCAAUGGCCUAUACCUGUAAGCUAUGAGGAACAUCUGAGUUUUCACGACGAAAAACACGUAGUUAAUAAAGUUAUUAAUGACCUUUACUGGCAUCCAUUGUGGACUGGAAUAGCGUUCGCUGCUUACACGAGCUAUGCAAAAAGCCAACAUCUGAUCGGACCUAAAUCAGACGCAGAGGUCAUAAAGGCUUAUGACAAUAAUUUCGUUCUCGUGUGGUCGUUCAAUGAUUGUUUGAUACCGAAAUUGGUACUCGAAUGUCCAAGGGAAGUAACAUCCGUAGCCGUAAAUCCAUUGGAUGGAAAUCUGGUUAUCGGUGGUUGCGCAAAUGGUCAAUUAAGUAUCUGGCAUAUUCCUGGAAAAAUCGAGAAAGUAGAAGCGGUUGUUGUAUACACCGCCGCUCAAAUAAAGCAUAAGAUUACCAUAAAGAGUUUGACUACGUGGAUGCAGGAAGGAGUUGGAACGUCUAUAAUCAGACCUACAGCGAUGUCCUCGUUAAAGGAAAGCCAGAAGGCGGCUGUGACCCAGAUUAUAUGGAUUUCAUCGUAUGACCAGAUGGAUUCCAAUGGCAGAAUUGUAUCGUUACCGGAAGACACAAAUAUCAAUGAUUUAUCUUCACAAUUUAUUACAGCGAGUGAAGAUGGUACGAUCGCUUUCUGGAACUUGAAAUUGGACGAAAAGUUAAAGAGUCGGCCAAAAAAGAAAGGGCAAGCGACGAGACCCGAUGCGUUAACAAAAUCCAUAUCUCCAUUUAAAGUACUAGAUCGUGUUUUCAAGCCCUUUUACAUGCUGAUAGUUCAACAUCCAAACGAAAGUCGUAACGUAGUGAUCACUACUAUCACCAUGUAUGUACCGAAAUUUAAAAAAGAAUGCGUGGAUGUUACUCCGCCAACACCCGAUAUAACUAUUCGAAAGUUUUUUAAAAAUAUAAUAAAAAAGUCUGAUUUUGUGAUGCAACCAAAAAUAUAUGUUGGCACUGUCGAAGGUGAUUUCGGUUGCAUCACGUGGGAAGGAUAUGAUUUUACAACAGAUGUAACUAUUAAUACCGAAAUAUGUCAUUGGUCCUGGUGUAUAAAAGUACACGACGGUCCCAUAACGCAUUCCGUUAGAUCUAAACAGGAUGGAAGUUGGAUUGCUACUAUAGGUGGAAAGAUAUUUGCCAUUUGGAAGGAAGAUGUUGGUGUACCUGUAUUGUGGAAGAAAUCAGAUGUCGGAUUCACUGCUGUUUCAUGGGGUAGUUUUCGUCCUACAAUAUUAAUCCUAACACGAACAGAUGGUACCGUUGAAUUAUGGGAUUUUAUGGUAAAAACAGAAGAACCAUGCGUCAUGCAGAGCCUAUCAGGUCGCAUAAUUACAGGAAUAUAUACUCACGAUUUAUAUUUGACUACUCAAUGUGUAGGAUUUUGCGAUUUUAAUGGUAUCUUAAGAAUGUUCCUGGCACCUACUGCUUAUCUCAAAACAGACUCGGUUUGUAUGGAGUGGAUAACAAACUUCAUUGAUCGGCAAGUUAAAAGGGUAAAGAACUGCAAAGAAUGGACAGAGAAAUGGUUAGAGACAGACUAUACGAAUAUUGAAGAGAAACAAAAGUUAACAAAGGAUGCAGAGGAGAAGAAACAACAGGAAGAAAGGAAAAGAACUAUCUCGAAAACAGUAGAAAUUGAAACUUUCGUAGAGCCUAAGAGGAAAAGCUUGAAAUCAUGGGAGAUAAUUAAAGAAUCACGCGAAAAAUGGAAAGCAAGAGAGUUAAAGCAUAUGCAGCAAGUCAUUUUGGAGAAGAAAGGUUUAAGAAAAGAUGAUCUUGAAAAGCAACGUGAACCUAUUUUAAAAUUGCGACAGGAAGCAAAAAGGAAGAAAAUGCGAUUGCGGGAGACAUUAAAAAUGCAAGAAAACAUUUUCGAGCAUACCAAAAGUCUUUUCUUUCCUCAACAUCAGCCAGAAACUAAACGAAUUUCCUUACCACCUCAGCCGGGAAAAAUUGAUGAAGCACUUACUGCAGAGGAUAGUAUCCUUGAACAAGAGGUGAUGGAUAUUCAUCCUAUGAUUGACCCAAAUGAAGAGAUCAUUUAUCAUUUCAUGGAAACGCAGAAUAAAGUAUUAUCCGAUUUGCAGAAAAAUCCGCUCCAACAUUCGUUUAAUUGGCAGAACAUUUUAAAGAAAGGGAAGAUAAUGCGCGAUUCGAUGGAUAUCGAGUUAAGAAAAUUGAGUAUGACGAAGAAAAAAUUCAGUGUAAUCACAUAG